UUCAAUCGUUGUGUGAAAGGAUGUGUAAGAAAGUCUGUCUAGCACAGACAACAUUGGAGGAUAUUUGACCCACGAGACGUUUCUGCGUGAUGUGGCUGAUAACAACCCCAGUGUGCGUCCACGAGCAAAAAACUGAAGCUGAAGGCUGUUAAUGCGCCACAUAAUACCACACUAUAACACACUAUGACUAUCUACUGAAAAAGGUUUAUGUCGCUUCAUCUGUUUGCUGUUACCUGUAGUCUUACAUUGGCCAUGACUCGCAGAAAAGCAGACCUCCUAUUUGGAUUAUGCCUACAGGAUUAUUUAAUCCGUGACGCAGCACAAUAACGAGGCAGUGCGCAAUCUGCGUCGCUCGCCUCACAGUCUCACGAGGACAAACACCGGCGAGGUAAGACACCGCAAACUAUCAUGUUGCGUUUGCCUUUUGGGAGCCGCAGUCUCUUUCCAGCAGCUAUUAUCAAAGGAGGCGCGGCUGCAACUCAAAAUGCACGCACUGCAUCUACAGCAACAGCAGCCGCCAGUAACCUCCUGGAGGUGUUUGUGGAUGGGAAGCCUAUCACGGUAGAGCCAGGAACUACUGUGUUGCAGGCAUGUGAGAUGGCAGGCAUGCAGAUUCCUCGCUUCUGCUACCACGAGCGCUUGUCAGUUGCUGGAAACUGUCGUAUGUGUCUUGUGGAAAUAGAGAAAGUUCCCAAGCCUGUGGCAGCUUGUGCGAUGCCCGUCAUGAAAGGCUGGAACAUUUUAACCGAUUCUGACAAAACCAGGAAGGCCAGAGAGGGUGUGAUGGAGUUCCUACUGGCUAAUCACCCAUUAGAUUGUCCAAUUUGUGAUCAAGGGGGUGAAUGCGAUCUACAGGACCAGUCUAUGCAGUUUGGCAGCGAUAGGAGCCGCUUCACAGAGGGCAAAAGAGCUGUGGAAGACAAGAAUAUCGGGCCCCUCAUCAAAACCAUCAUGACUCGCUGCAUCCAGUGCACUCGCUGUGUGCGUUUUGCCAGUGAAAUUGCGGGUGUGGAAGACCUGGGCACGACUGGCAGAGGCAACGACCUGCAGAUCGGGACUUACGUGGAGAAGAUGUUCAUGUCAGAGUUAUCUGGGAAUGUCAUUGAUAUAUGCCCAGUGGGAGCCCUGACUUCCAAACCAUAUGCUUUCACUGCUCGUCCUUGGGAGACUAGGAAGACUGAGUCCAUUGAUGUCUUGGAUGCUGUGGGUAGCAACAUUGUGGUGAGCACUCGCGGUGGUGAGGUGAUGAGAAUUCUGCCGCGUCUUAAUGAAGAGAUUAAUGAGGAGUGGAUAUCAGACAAGACCAGGUUUGCUUAUGAUGGACUUAAGAGACAGAGGCUUACUCAGCCACUGGUGAAAAAUGACUCUGGGCAGUUAGUUCCCACUUCCUGGGAAGACGUGCUGACUCGAGCUGCUGGAGCAUUGCAGGGAGUCAAAGGCGAUGAAGUUGCUGCCGUUGUUGGAGGUUUGGUGGAUGCAGAGGCUCUGAUCGCCUUGAAAGACCUGCUGAACCGUUUAAACAGUGACAACCUGUGCACUGAGGAAAUGUUCCCCAUGGCUGGAGCUGGAUCUGACCUGCGUUCAAACUAUCUUCUUAACACUGGCAUUGCUGGUAUUGAAGAAGCUGACCUGCUGCUUCUGGUUGGCACUAACCCACGAUAUGAGGCUCCUCUGUUCAAUGCACGGAUCAGAAAAGGCUGGCUCCACAAUGAGUUGCAUGUGGCCCUGGUGGGAAAGGAAAUGGAUUUAAGUUACACCUAUGACCAUCUUGGAGAGUCUGCCAACAUCCUUCAAGAAAUAGCUUCUGGAACCCAUCCAUUUUCCCAGGUUUUGGCUAAAGCAAAGCAUCCUGUUAUUGUAGUUGGCAGCAGUUGCCUGCAGAGAGAUGAUGGAGCCGUGAUAAUGGCCACUUUGUCAACUAUUGCUCACAACGCUCGUGUCAGCAGUGGAGUGCAGGAUACGUGGAAGGUUCUCAAUGUGCUACACAGAGUUGCCAGUCAAGUGGCCGCACUUGAUCUUGGAUACAAGCCAGGAGUGGAGGCGAUCAGGAAGAACCCACCCAAAGUUCUCCUCCUAGUGGGGGCUGAUGCUGGCUGCAUUACUCGCCAAGACCUCCUGAAGGACAGUCUGAUCAUUUAUCAAGGUCAUCAUGGCGAUGUGGGUGCACCAAUGGCUGAUAUCAUACUUCCUGGAGCUGCAUACACUGAGAAAUGUAGCACCUAUGUGAACACUGAGGGCCGUGCCCAGCAGACCAAGGUGGCUGUGAAUCCUCCAGGCAUAGCCAGGGAGGACUGGAGGAUCAUCAGAGCCAUUUCUGAGCUUGCUGGAGUGACUCUGCCAUACGACACUCUUGAUGAAGUGCGUAAUAGACUGGCAGAGGUUUCCCCAAAUCUGGUGCGAUAUGAUGACGUUGAGGACGCCAACUACUUUAAGCAGGCUAAUGAACUCUCUAAGGCAGUGAACCAGACUCUUCUAACUGAACCCUUAGUCCCGCCCCAGCUCACUGUGAGGGACUUUUAUAUGACAGAUCCAAUAAGCAGAGCUUCGCAGACCAUGGCUAAAUGUGUGAAAGCUGUCACUGAGGGAGCACAGGCUGUGGACGAGCCUGCCAUAUGCUAAAGCACAAUGGAUAGUCAUCCAGUCCUAUAAAAAUGAUACGCACAACUCCUAUAUUUGCACAUUCCUAGAAACAUGCUUAUUUGCACUUGUGUUUUACCAUAGUAUAUGUUUCACUAUAGUAGAGCUCUCAUCAUCUAUCCACAUUAUGGCACUAACAUACUACCUGAAGAAACAUGUGAAAGUACUACUUGAAGAGUGAAGAUGUCGGCUUAGAUUUGCCAAAUCCCAAAUUGAUACUUGCUAUUUUAGUUGCCGUGACCAAAGAUUUAAUAUAUUUAUCCUCAGAAUCUUGUCUUCCUUUAAAACGACAAGCUUUAUAGUAAUUAAUAAUAUAUUUUAUUAAAUGGAGUAUGUAGUCUUGCAGCGAUUUGUAAAUGUGAUAUAAAGUAAUAAACCAGAUUUCUGCAGAAACCCCAA